UGCUCGGUCUCUCUCGCACAUACUCGACAUAAAGCAGCCCAGACGCCACCAGCGGGAUGGAGACGAUGCAACGGCGUACAAAUCAGUGAUUGGGUGAAGUGGCUGCUGGAAUUGCAGUUUUUACAAGGGGAAAAAAAUGCAGGAAGAACGGGAACAAGAAACUGAAGAGAGGACGGCGUCCCGGCCCACUGUGGCUGAACUUGCCGGAAGGUUCAAAGGUGCAUCUCCACCCCCUGCCAGCGAGACAGAAAAGCCAGCCAGACGUCGACCUCCUCACUCCUUACAACUGCCCAAAACCCACGGAGACGAGCAUGAGAGGCCGACAGGUGUGACUUCCCCUGUCAAAGCCAAGAGGAACUCUGCCCUGAUUGAGAAGCUUCAGGCCAACCUGGCUCUGUCCCCCGCUGCCCUGCUGCCCUCACCCAAAAGCCCCGGUUUCAGGCUGCUGCCACACUUUAGCCCGCCGUCCUCGCCCAGCCCCACCACGGGGAGCCCCUCCUCCACGCUGACAUCUCCCAGUCCCGUUUCCACAUCUCUGGAGGAGGGGGCGGUGUCGUUUGAAGCCCCUCCCACUGCGGCGGAAGGAUCCCUCUUGAUAAACGUGAACAAGAGCCGAGCUCGCCACUCCCUCAGGCGACGCCCUCCGUCCCGCCGCCACAGGAAAUCCAGUAGUGGAGAGGAAGUGGGUGUGGCCACCGAGGAGACGGACACCCCCGCGAGUCAAUUGGACCAUAAAACAACACAAGGAGAAGGAGGAGAUGUCUUCAGUAAUAUGAAUGGAGAUCAUAUGAAAGAGGAUAAAUCAGACCAAACCCCAGAAGAAGGCCAGACCAAUGGGGACAUCCAUCUCCGAGGAGAAGAAGAAGAUGAGAAGCAGGACGACGGAGAGGAGAAGGAGGGUCAAGAUGGAGUCAGUGUUGAGGAAGACAACCAGGAGAAAACCUCAGGAGAAAAUCCAAACAAUAACCAAGAAGAAGAAAAAAGUCUUGGCUCCGCGUAUCAGAGUUGAUGAGAAGUUGAACAAGGUCGUGGUUUCUGAGCCACUCCAAGGGGUUCUUAGUUCGGAAGCACUGUGGGACCAAAGACUUCCAAAAGAGAGCGGAAACAAACUCUUUUCCACAGAGAUCCCACAACAUUGGCACAUCAGCGCUGUAACAGAAUACCUGGCAUCAAUCCGCCUUUGUUUUUGAAAGACAGCAUGAGACAAUGAGACUGAGACUCUUACAUAAAAAACACUUUUUUCCCCUUUUUA